CAAUGUAAUUUCAACCGUCUUGGUUGCGGAGUAGCAAAAAGUCAGAAACGCUCCUCCUCUAGUACUCCAAUGGGAAAGAGAGACCAUAAAUUUGAAUUUGUGUGAAAUUUACGAAUCAUUUCAUUUUAAUUUCAAUUCGACUGCAGUCAAGGUUGCACCUUUUCCCUUUUUCUUUCACUAUCUCUCUCUCAGAUUGCAUUGCUUGCUUUGGAUCAUCGUAUUUCGCUCUUUCUGGGCUGUGUUACUGGUUCGAUCUACUCCCCAUCUUUUGUAUUGUGUCUUUUUAAACUAUGUGUGGUGCUCUGGAUCAAUCAAAUAGCUCAUCUAAUUCAGCAGCACAAUCUGCUCUCGAACACAAUUCUAACACCACCAAUACCAUGAAGGAACCCAAUCAUGUUGCUAUCAACUGUUUUUCCAAUAUACUUGAGCUUGCUGCCAGUGAUGAUGUUCAAGGGUUCAACAAGAUGUUAGAGCAUGAUGCUUCAGCAAUAUGUGAAUCUGGUCUGUGGUAUGGCCGUCAGAAGGGUUCUAGACAAAUGGUUCUUGAACAUCGAACACCUAUAAUGGUUGCUGCUACUUAUGGAAGCUUGGAUGUUUUGAAGCUAAUACUUGCACAGCCUGGAUUUGAUGUCAACUUUUCAGGUGUCCCAGAUAAGAGCACAGCCCUGCACUGUGCUUCUUGUGGUGGAUCAGUUAAUGCUGAUGAAGUUGUUAAGCUUCUGCUGGAAUCUGGAGCAGAUGCCAAUGCUGUGGAUAUGAAUGGUCGCCGCCCAUUUGAUGUGAUUGUUGUCCCUCCCAAUCUCCCUAGCAAAAGAGCUUCAUUAGAAUACCUCCUUGCAAACAAUACUUCCAUUAUUGGGCCCAAGAUGCGUGUAUCGGUUGGGAGUUCAGGUUCUAGCUCCCCACCCCUGUCUUCAUCACCUGACAAUGGCUCUUCAUCAGAUUCUGGGAUAUCGCCAAAGAUCUUGAAGUCGACUUUUAACCAACCACCAGAAAAGAAGGAAUACCCCAUAGACCCUUCUCUCCCUGACAUAAAGAACAGCAUCUAUACAACUGAUGAAUUCCGUAUGUUCUCUUUCAAGGUCCGACCUUGCUCUCGUGCCUACUCCCAUGAUUGGACUGAGUGCCCUUUUGUUCACCCGGGAGAAAAUGCUCGACGAAGAGAUCCAAGGAAAUAUCAUUAUAGUUGUGUCCCUUGCCCUGAAUUUCGCAAGGGUACAUGUAGCAGGGGCGACUUGUGUGAGUAUGCUCAUGGAGUAUUUGAGUGUUGGCUUCAUCCAGCCCAAUACAGAACAAGGCUUUGCAAGGAUGGGACAAGCUGCAAUCGAAGGGUGUGUUUUUUUGCCCAUACCCCUGAUGAGCUAAGGCCACUUUAUGCGUCAACAGGUUCGGCUGUAUCUUCACCACGUGCAUCGGCCUCUGCUGCAGCUGUCAUGGACAUGGCAGCUGCAAUGAAUCUCUUUCCAAGUUCACCGUCCUCUAUAUCUGCCAUGUCACCCUCACCAUUUUCACCACAGUGCAUGUCGCCUCCUGCCAAUGCCGCCUCAAACUCACCUUGGCCCCCACAGCAAAAUGUUCCUACUCUUCAUCUUCCUGGAUGCAACAUUCAAUCCAGUCGUUUGAGAUCUUCACUUAGUUCCAGAGAUAUUCCACCUGAGAAUUUUCAUAUGCUGUCUGAUUUUGAUGCCAAGCAACAUAUGUUAGAUGACCACAUGGCUAGUUUUUUACAGCCACGGUCUAACCCUUCUUCCUUGAUGCGUGCUGUUCGGACCAAGAGCUUAGCUCCUUCUAAUCUGGAGGAGCUAUUUUGUUCGGAGAUUGCCUCGUCUCCUCGUUAUUCUGAGCAGGCAGCUGCAGCUGUUUUCUCCCCGACCCACAAGUCUGUGCUCAUCAAUCAGUACCAACAGCAGCAGUGUUUGUUGGCACCUAUUAACACAUCUAAUAUUUACUCACCCAAGAGUGUUGAACACCCCUUGUUACAGGCUUCUUUAAAUGUCUCUUCUCCUGGAAGGAUGUCCCCUCGAAGUUUUGAACCUAUCUCACCAAUGAGUGCUAGACUCUCUGCUUUAGCCCUCCGCGAACAGCAACAGCAACAGCAACAGCAACAGCAGCAGCAGCAUCAGCAGCAGCAGCAGCAGCAUCAGCAGUUGCGUAGUCUUGGUUCUAGAGAGUAUGGAGCCAAACAUGCUUCCUCUUUGGUCGGAUCGCCGGUUCAUCCAUGGUCAAAUUGGGGAUCACCGAAUGGGAAGUUGGAUUGGUCAGUCAAUGGUGGAGGUGACGAAGUGGGUCAGUUGAGGAGAUCAUCUUCAUUUGAGAUUGGAAACAAUGAAGAGGAACCAGACCUCUCAUGGGUUCAGUCUCUGGUGAAAGAAUCUCCCCCUGAGAUGAGAGAAAAGCAUGCUGCCUCUGUUUCUGGUCCUAUCCCGUCUGCAGAGGGCUUGGCAACUAAAGCUUCAGCGGAUCCAGUGGAUUAUUCUGUUGUAGGUGCAUGGCUUGAGCAUAUGCAGCUCGAUCAGCUGGUAAACCAGUAAGAAAAUUGUCUUUCUUUUCCCCUUUUGCUUUUGAUUGAGGUGAAAAGAACUAGUGUAGUAUAUAAACCCCUUUUGUGAGAAUUUCUUUUUUGGCCUUUUGGGUGUAGGCGGGAUUUAAUUAAUUGUCGUACAGUAUAAAAGGAAGAUGAAAACGUAGGAAACAAAAUUGCCGGUCCCUAUUUUAUUCAUUUGGUUAUCAGUCAUUUAUUGUAUUAGCCAAGGGGGAUAAGGAAGCACUUGAUGCUGGGUGUCGCAAGGGAACACCACUUUGGUGAUCUUCUUAAACCCUUUGGAGUGUAGGACUAAUUUCCCAGUUACAUAUAUAUACUUUUCCCUAUAAAUUUACCUAAAAUGAGUGGAGGAAGUGGAGACCAUAAUCCUUCUGUUUCUUUAUUGGUUCAUGAGUAAAUGAUCAAGAAGGGUUAGAGAAAGGGGGAAAGGUCCUUUUGGUCUCGCCUUCUUAUAUCAUAUUUUGAGCAAAUUGCUUAUUGUGUAUGCGAUUUGAGAGGAUUAUGUACCUUUUGAAGAUGUACAACUAUAUAAAUCAUUAUUUCAAUAUAUUCAUAUGAAUUUGAAAUUCGUUUUUCAAUCGUGUUUGUUGGACUUGCUGUUAAUGUGGUAUUGAGAAAUGAACCUAUCUAUAGCCUCUGUUGAGUUU